GUGUGAUAAGUUGAGGGUUAGGAUCUCGAUAAGUGUGUGGUCCAACCCCCCAACACAUAGCAGAACAUACAAACCCUUUCAUUCAAGAUGCCGACAAAGUGGAAUAGUUUGGGUCAUUGCAGAUAAACUCGUCCUAACUAAGGUACCUUAAAUAAACGAUACUCACAAACAUUCUUUGUGUGUUCAGGUGUAAAUUGUUAUCAGCUAAUUAAAAGCUGUUAUGUAUUUCGUCCCAUUUACAGUUUGAGGUACAUAUUAAACAUCAAUGUGACACAAUCUACAUACCAUCCUCCAGUAUGUGUGCUUUAUCUAAACUCAAUUUACAGAACAAUCAAUAUUCCGCAACAGAGAUUGAUAAGCGCUCAUCAUGCUCUUUAUAAGGAAGUGUAAAUCAACAGAAUCAAUUAAAGUCAACUUUACCUUCAACAUUAAUCACCCACUAAAUUUCCUAACUAACCCUUUAACUUUCUGAACAAUGAUUAUCUCCAAAGUAGCGGCAACUCUUAUUCUACUUAUCCCCUUAAUCUUUAUUCCACUAGCCUCCUCACAAAAUGUUAUUCCCCCAGAAACACAACAGCGCAUCGAUUCUCUCAUCUCUUCAGUUAUUGAUCAACAGCACGUUCCAGCAUUCGUCCUGUCAAUCAUUAAAAACAAUGGAGAACUCCUUUACAAAACCGGAUAUGGAGAAAGAGACCGGGAAAAUGGACUACCCGCCGAUAGCGACUCUCUCUUUUCAAUCGGAUCUAUAACAAAAAGUUUUACGGCCAUGAUUACGGUGAAAUUCCUGAGCGAGAGAUUCCCCGAACUGGGGCAACUUGUACUGGACACGCCAAUUCGAGCUCUGGCACCAAGUUACGAUUUCGUGCUUGGAGACAGAUACAGAUCAGAGGCCGUGACCUUCCGUGACCUUCUGGCUCACAGGGUGUGUUAUCUCCCAGAAUAUACGGGAAUGUGGGUCCAGACUUAUACGGAUUCUAAAGAUUUCUUUUAUCGGCAAAGAUACGCGUACAAUUACUGCUCAUUCAGAAAUGCUUAUCUCUACAACAACGGACUUAUCGCUAUCGCUGGUGAUAUAAUUGCACAUAUGGCAAAUUCUACUUAUGAAGAGUUGUUAUCUGAUCUGCUUCUCUCAAUUGGGAUGAACAGUACAACCUGGGUCAAAGAAAGUGACGAUCACAACAACAUGAUGCUACGAGCCGUCCCAUACUACUGGAAAGAUGGUCAAUUACAGCGAUACAAUCCGGAACUGAUGAAAGGUGUCGUCCUUGUCAACGCUGCCGGAGGUAUUUUAAGUUCCGCGAGCGACAUGACGAAAUAUAUGCAAUUUCAUUUAAAUCUCGGAAAAGUUGGGAACACGCAAAUCAUACCUGCGGACGUCAUGAAUUGGUUGUACACCGCAUCCACCCUAACGCCUUAUGGAACUAUAAAAUCCGAAAGUAACCCGGAUGCAAUUGUAAAUUUAAAUAUUGCCUACGGUCUCUGUCUAGAUAUAGGAAUUUACGACGGGUGGCUCAGAAUAGGGCAUGGCGGAUAUCUUCCCCUUUUCGAAAGUUUGAUGACGCUAUAUCCGGAAUUGGGUCUUGGGAUAUUUAUGGCUAUGAGUGGUCCGGGUACUUUAUACGCCACUUCAAUGCCAAACUCUUGGAUAAAUGCGGAGAUCUUUGAGAUACUGCGAGGCUCAGAAACCCCGGGUACUCACACUUUGGACAAUAUAUUAACCAAUAGAGUUUCAGUAUCUCCCCCACUUGAUUUACAACCGGUUGCAAAUUUAUUUCCAACUCAAACCGGAAGUGAACCACUUCCAAGUAAAGUCAGAAUUUCUCCGGAAGAAGCUGUCGGUUCGUAUGGAAGCGGAUUUAAUGGUGAGAUGACCAUUUACUUCAAAAACAACUCGGCUGGAAUCCCACAACUUUAAUGGGAAUAUGGUAAAUGGGAAUUGGCAUGGCUGGAACAAAUAUCAGAGUCGACGUUCUCUAUUUCCGAGUGGGAUUCGGAUUUUUGGAUGAUGAGCUGGACCAAUCAACUUGGCAUGUCAAAUCUUACCUUAGAGUUCGCGGAUAUGGAUAACAUCCGCUACCUGGAUGAAGGUGCACAAGGGACAACCAAUUUUACCAGAGGGUUGCAAGUUGAUGACUUACCGGAAGUGCCAUGGGCGCCGGAUAGUUGUGGAAAAUAAGUGAGGCAUUCCAUGAUAUUGCAAAUAAUUCAAGAGUUUGUUACUGAAUAAUUUCUUGUAAAUGGAUAAUAAAUAGAUUAGAUUAGCAAUUUAACAAGUUGACGUGUCCGGAUUAUAGGUUUAAGUUCAAGUGAGCGACUUGUGGCUGAUAUCAUUGCGCAAUAUGAAUAAAAUACCAAUUAGUUAAUA